AUGAAAGGUCAAGUAAAGGGCGGUCACAAAAAACCUGCUUAUAUUAGGCCUGAUGGGAAGUAUGACUUAGUGAAAGCCUUGGGUCGUGAAAAUCUUGAAUACUUGAUAGCUAAGAAAUCUAUAGGUCCUAGGACAAAAUUGAGAGACUUUUGUGUUUCGAAAUCGUUAUAUUAUCUUUUCAAGCAGCAACUUCAGAGACUGAAACGCGAAGAUGAGUUAGCUGCUGUAGUGAGGAAUGCCAAGAAAUCUGCAGCUAAAAUGCAAAAAAUUGCCAAAUUGAAUCGAAAUAAGUUGAAAUGUCGUGCUGUUGAUCCAAUUUACAUAAACGGAUUAUAUGAACAUGAUGACGGCCCUGUCGCAUUAAGCACUACUACAUCAUCGUCGUCGUCUGCUUCAUCAUCAGGCGACGAAGAAACAAAAUCUUUAUCUUCUGGAUCAGCUUCCUCGUUAAAUGAGCUUUCAGUUUCUGAUAAGUUUGCUUUACCAGCAGCAGCUAAAAAGAGGAAGUUGGUGGUAUCUGAGCAGGAGGUAAACACAUCUCAAAGUCCUUCGAUUCCAAGUACAUCUGCAGCAGAAGAAGAGGUUGGAGAAGCAGAUAAUAAUUAUUCUCUCCACGCAUUAGAUGAAGAAUACAUGAACUUGGGAUCAAAUAAUAAUCGAGCAGUCAGUCCCGAUCGCCUUAAAGAAACAAUUAUCCAGUAUAUGGCCGAAAUAAAUCAAAAAGAAUUGGACUAUAAUCAAUCAAGUACUGACUGUUCACUCGAUGAUAAUCCACCUGCUUCAAAAAGGAAACAAAAUACGAUGCUGCAUUCAUUCAAUCAACACGGCCAUAAUUCGAAUGACAUUCGCAAUAAGCCGCUAUUUUUGGACUUAGUUAUUGAACGCGCAGUAUCUGAUAAGCAGGAAGAAAGUGAAUCAAAAUCAGAAACUGGCAAUAGCAGCUCUAGUAGUGAUGAAGAUGAAGAGCCUUUUAAUGAUGAUGAACUACCUGCAAAAGAAGCUGCUAUUAUUCAAGAUCAUGCUGCAUUUGUCAACAAUUUCUUUAGCAAAUAUGCAGAAAACGAAAUUGCUGAUAAUGAUGCUGCUGUUGACAACGAAGAAAAAGUUAUUUCUCCCGAUGAUCUGCAUAAUUUGAAAUCAGUUAUGGAUCUGGAAAUCAAAGUAAGAAUGAAAGAUAUUGCUGCUAAACAUCCAAAGAAAGAAAUAACAUGGGAUAAUCUUCUGAAACAUGUUUUUUCACAUUUGAACUUGCCAGAAUCAAAAACAACAUUUGUACUUCAAAUGCUGUUGAGUAUUAAUGGAGCCAUCGCGUCCUCAAAUGGAAACUGCCAGAUUGGAGUACAUGUAAGUUUAAAUAAAAACUAUAUAUCUAUUUUAUACACUUAUAUUUGUAUUACAUAUUUAUACAGGCCAAUACCGUGUGGUGAAUUCGGUACAUAUGCACAUUACGGAUUGCUUGCUGGAUUACUUGGAUUUUCGAUAGGAUCAAUUUCUAAAGACAUCCGCUUUUAUCUUGAUGAACUGGUUACUCGAUUUCCUGAAUACUUUGCCAAAACUGUCAUUGAUACAAAACCAUCCUUUGUGACUGGUAAACGGAACAAAUACAAUAAAGAUUUAUUGAAAUGGCGCUGGCAAGUCAUUCGUAGGAAGGCUGAAUCAGUAGCUGCAGCAGCAGCACUUAAAAGAAGUUAUUUAUGUACAGAGGCUGUUUCUGAAAACGUACCAGAUUCAUUAGCAGUGACGCUAGCAGAAAUUCCUGCCUUGAAAGAAAUUGCUUGUUCUGAUGCUGUUAAAAAUACAGAACAGUCUGCUGAUGAAGUAGAUGAACAAGAGGUACUUGAAGAAGUCGAGUUUGAAGACCUGCAGUAUCAUUUGUCAAACAACGAACAUUCACCGCGUAAUUUAGAUGUAAACCUAGGCGGAAGUGAUGACAGCAAUGAGGAUUUUAGUGAUGCUGAUGAUGAGGCUGAGGCUGAAACAGAUUCAAAUGAACAAAAUUGCCCAAUGCCAUCAAACUUUCCGUCAGUAAAGAAGAAAAAAUUAAUUACAGUGUCAUCAGAAUCUCGUCCAGCAACUACUGCUGCUACUGCUACUACCGAAAAAUACAAAAUACCAUCAAAGGCAACAAAAAAGAGAGUCUUGGGUUACAAUGUCAGCGAUUUGUCGAAUUCGGACUUGUACUCGACCAACGAAGAAAGACCAGAGCACAUGUUCCGCAAAUCAACCUCUGAAGACUCAGUUGAUGAAGGUGUUGAUGCCAAUGAGGUCUAUAAACGAUUUAUAGCUAUUGGUCAGAAGCAAAAUCAUUGUCAGAAGUGUAAGGGAAGCAACAAAAUCCCCCAUCUUGUCUAUGAAGUCAGCGCAGAUGGAGUGCAAAUCCAAAAAAAAGCUGCAAAAUCCGCUUGUUGGCCAAUAAUGGGUCAAUUAUUGUAUAUAAGUCCUUGCACUCACCUAGAAAAUUGUGUCCGCUUCUACAUGCCACGAAAUUCUAAACCGGUCAUCAUUGGUUUUUAUCAUGGAACUGCCAAGCCGUCCUGUCCUAAUCAAUUCCUGAAAUGUAUUUUCAAGGAAAUGAAGUUAGCAUACAAACGUCGAUUGUGCACAAUGUUUUUGAAAUUCUUCAUCGGUGACGGCCCAGCCAGGCAGUUUAUAAAAGGAUUCCCAUCUUCAAAUGCCUAUUGCGGAUGUGAAAGAUGUGGUGAACGCGGUGUUUCCUUGUGCAAAGGCAUCAACAAAAAGACCGGUGGACCUCGAAGAGGCCAUUUAUCAAUUGUUCCAACCCGAAAUUUACUGAUGCGAACAAAGAAAAAUUACCUGGAUGCUGACAUGUAUCACAAAAAAGUUCCUGAUCCACACAACAUUCUUCUGAUGUAUUCGAAGCAAACAGAAGGUCGGUUCAACAUAUUGCAUAGUAUUCCACUUGAUGCUAUGCAUACUGUGUAUAGUUGUGCUGUUCCCUGGCUUUUUCAUUACACAUGGAUUGACGGCAAGAAAGUGAAAGGUGGAAAAUUCUCUAAAGCAUUAAUGGAUUCAUUGGAAUUGAAGUUGAAGAAAGUGAAAGGAUGUUUGCCAUAUGCCAUCCAGGUCAACAUUGGUACUAAACCAUUCAAGAAAUUUGGAAUCACCUGGUCGUGUGCUGAAAAGCGAAUUUUCCUCCUUUAUGUUGCAAUCGUUAUUCUCAGGCACCCGUUAAUGAAAGCCGAAGCAUACAAAAUUCUGCUUGCUUUUCAGCAUGCCGUAAUGUUGCUUGUUGGCUCUGGGCACAAUUCGAAGGUGCCAAAAGAACACCUCAGGAAAGCAAGAGAGAAUUUACUGUAUUUAGUUGUAUGGCGCUGACUUCCCACGUUAUACGUUUCAUUGCUUGCUGCAUAUUGUCGAUGAUUUGAUUGCGAAUAAUUGUCGACUUGAGUAUUGCUGCAUGUUUCGGUACGAGAACUCGAUGAAAUUCUUUAUCCAUGUGCUCGAUGGAAGAGGCGGACAUCGUGUCCAUGCACAAAUCCGCAACAGCUUGAUGCGGAAAAAGAUUUCAAACAUUGUUCUGCCGCCAAUUUGUCAAAGAAGACGUGCUCUACUAAAAGGCGGACAAACAGGAGCAGAAACAAACAUUAUACACCUUUCGAACUUCAAUGAGAAUGAUUUUGGUGUCAUCAACACAAUUUCUACUGACCAUCCAUCAAAUAAAUUUUAUCAAAUGGGAGAGGAAGGAAACAAACCGAAUGCCUAUGAACUCCAAGUAACGCGCCAUAUGAAACGAUUAAUUUUUCGGGACUUUACGAUCUCCAACAAAUACCCGAACAAUGUUGUUCUCGUCAACAGUUCUAUUGGCAAGCCUAAAGUCUGCGUUGUUUCUGACAUGCGAUAUGAUAACGUUGAAGACAAAUUUAAAGUUUCAAUUUCUCCUUUCAAAAAACAAGGAGAUUUCUUUGAAGGAUAUCCGUGCAAUUCAUCAGAUUUCAAUAUUUUUCUCGUUUCUGGAGAUUUAAAUCAUGACAGAAAACGCGAAGUUAAUGCAGACUGCAUAGAAAAUCAGUUCGUCUGCCUCUUAUAUGAGAAAGAAGUUACUGACAUUGAUAUCAAUGCAAAAGAACAAAUUCAAUUAAACACAAAAAAUGCACAGUGGGUAUGCACUCCUUUGUUCCAUGUUACAAAUUGUCAGUAAAUCUAUUUUUCCAUGUAUUUAAUAUAAUAAAGAUAAUAAUAAGGUAAAAACAUUUGUGUAUUAAAUUAAAAAUGCGAAAACGAAAUUCUUACUUAUUUGGACUUACAAAAAUUUUGAAUCAAUCCAAUCUCCAUUGGGAGACUUCAUAUAAAUAGAGAAGAAAACAAAAAGUUCUAGAGUAAAGUUUCUAAAUUUAGACUAUGCAGGUCCGUAGCCUAAACUUUUUGAAGGUAGGGGAAAGUCUUUUUUAAAAAGGCGCCAAAUAUAAAAUUAAAAUAAAGGUGCCCAACAGCAAUAUUUUUUUAGCGCCUAAUAAUCAUUUACUUUCGAUAAGAUUCAAAAACUCAAUUAAAUUACAUCAUUAUUUUUUUAAAGAUGCGCUCUUUUUAUGGUGUGUACUAAAAUGUUUUUUGAAUAUAUGCUAAAACAAUUUUUUACUUCGUUGAAAUAUUAUAUUUAAAUCUUUG